GCAUCAUUUGUUGUGCUGCUACAAGGGAAAACUUCGUCCCUCCUCACCUCUACACUGUCCUCCUAAAAAGCAGUUGUUUUUACAGGAAAUCAACAUUUGCCGACAUUAUGGACUCCUCCAAGAAGACUACUACUACUGCUGAUGCUCCCGACUACACCUUGGCCAACCCGGAUACUUUGACCAAGUACAAGGCUGCAGCUGAGAUUUCUCAAAAUGUCUUGAAGCAGGUUGUUGCCCUUUGCGUUGAAGGCGCCAAGAUCUUGGAUAUUUGCGUCGAAGGUGACAAGCUUUUGCUCGAGGCUCUUGACAAGCAAUACCGUGGUAAGAAGAUUACCAAGGGUAUCGCAUUUCCCACUGCUGUGUCUCCUAACCACAUUGCUACUCACCUUUGCCCCAUCCCCGGUGAUGAUGAGGCUUCUUUGGCUUUGAAGACUGGUGAUUUGGUUAAGGUUUCUCUUGGUGCUCAAAUUGAUGGCUUUGCCUCUGUUGUUGCUACUAGCAUUGUCAUUUCCAAGGAGCCUGUUUCUGGCCGUGCCGCUGAUGCUGUCGCAGCUGCUUCUGUCGCUCUGAAGGCUGCUCAACGUCUUAUUAAGCCUGGCAACACAAACUGGCAAGUUACUGAGACUGUCGACAAGAUCGCAGCCGCUUACGACUGCAAGCCCCUUGCCGGUAUGCUUACUCAUCAACAACUUCGCAACGUUGUUGAUGGUAAGAAGCAAAUCAUCUUGAACCCCAGUGACAACCAACGCCGUGAGUUCGACACUGUCACCUUUGAGGAGGGUGAGGUUUACGGUGUGGAUAUCCUUGUCAGUACUUCUGCCGAUGGAAAGGUCAAGCGUUCUGACAUUGCUACCCGCAUCUACAAGAAGACCGACACCACUUACUUGUUGAAGCUCCAAGCCAGUCGUAAGGUUUACCACGAGAUUCAAACCAAGUUCGGUGCCUUCCCCUUCCCUGUCCGUUCUCUUGAGAAUGAACGCAAGGCUCGCAUGGGUAUUCAAGAGUGUGUUCAACGCAACGUGCUUCUUCCCUACGAAGUUCUCGUCGAAAAGGAGGGUGAGUACGUCGCCGAGUUCUUCAGCACCAUCGCCUUGACUAAGAACGGCACCGUUGUUAUUACUGACUCCGAACCUGCCGAGAACAUUCAAUCUACCAAGUCCGUUAAGGACGAGGAAAUCCUCAAACUCUUGCAAACUUCUCUUAAGAGCAAGAACAAGAAGAAGAGAAACAACAAGAAGAAGGCUGCCGCUGCCCCUGCUGCCAAGAACUAGAUGCUCUUCAAAAAAAUGUAAAAAAGCUCCCGUCUAUGACACCCCUAUGAAAUUAUAUAGGACGCACGGAUUUUGUGCUAGUUAAAAAUACAAUCACGACUAUUUACGUUUGGUAACAUACUUGACACCCGCUUAGUUGCCAGAGAGGAAAAACACAAAACAAGGUAGGUGUAUUUUAUGCACACUUGUUCUGUGAUCCGCUCCGACUACAUUGUAAGAUACAUCAUAAUAAACCGUAAAUUCGUCAAUUCAAAAAAAGCUCUAUGAUGACUCAUGCUAGUGCACUUAUGCAUAAAUAGGCUUAUGAUUCGUCAUGUCUAAGCAACGAUUUCUUCCACGCCGUUGUCAUUGUCUGCAACCUUGAAUGUGCGAGCAGUACAGUCAUUAGUAAUGGAAUACAACUCGUCAACGAAGUGAGGAAUGAAAGAACCUGGUCCACAGUCCGAAACACUUGCAGCUCUCUCACCAGCAAUACUGAAUAAGAGAGUAGCAGCCAAAGCUGCUACCAGUCGAUCUUCGGGGCAAAGAGCAGCAGCGACACAUAAAACAGCACCCAUUGCACAGCCAGACGCAGUGAUGUUUGCCAACAUUGGAUGUCCGCGCUUCACAACGAAUGUUCUGUUCCCGUCACUAAUCACGUCCACAGCACCAGUCAUGAUUACCACGCAGCGACGUUUCUCAGCAAGCAAUUUGGUUACUCGUACCUUUUCAGUCAAAGGAAACUCGCUCGUGCUGUCAACUCCACGCAUUUGAACUUCAACUCCGGCGAGAGUAAGGAUUUCUCCUUCAUUACCUUUAAUAUAGUCGAAGUAUGCGGAAUCAAGCAUCGUAGUUAGAGCACGUUUGCGGACCUCUGUAGCUCCAGCACCAACAGGAUCCAAAAUGACAGGUUUAUUCUCAGCGUUGUUGCAUUGAGCAGCGAAAAUGUAACUCUCAAGUUUAUCUACAGCUGCAUAGUUACAAAGGAGAGCACCAUUAGCGCGUGCGAGUUCAGGGAACUCGUCAUCAAAUUCACACAUUAGAGGAGAUCCUCCAACUGCAAGAGUAACAUUGGCGUUAAAGUUCUUCGAGACGUUAUUCGUAAGUUGCUGAACCAAGGGUGUUUUCGAUUUCGCUCUACUGAACACGCGCUCAAUACUCGAAACAAAAGCUGUCGAGUCAGACUUUGGAAGCUUUGAGACGGGAAGAGCAAACUUAGGAGUCGUUUUGAUUAAUUGAAUCAGCUUCUCCGCUGCCUUUUUUGGUUCUGUGGAUGCCAUAAUGGCUGAGACCAAAGCAAUUCCAUCAACGCGCACCCCAUUCACCUCACUGAGGUAGAUCACCCGCUGCACAUUACUAGCGUUCAAUCCUGCGAUAGCAACAGUUUGGAGUCUGCGCUUCAUAUUCGAAAUAUGUUCCAAAAGGUCCCGAAGACCAUGAAUGCCAAUGAUUCUAUCCUUGACAUUCUUCGUCGCGGUAUCAUAAACAGAGCCCAAUCCAACAUAAUCAGCACCGUCGGCUUCGGCCUUGUCAAUUUCCUGAAUAUUAUUUGCCGUAACUCCAAUAACAGCAUCAGAACCGAGUAUUCUGCGAGCCGUCGCACAGUCCAUAUCACUUUGGCCGAUGUGUACACCUUCAGCACCUACGGCAAGAGCGACGUCAACUCGGUCGUUAAUUAAUAAGGGUACAUUGUGUUUCCGACAAACUUGAAGCACCUUUUCCGCACGUUCAAUAAAUAGCUUUGUAGAGACGUUCUUUUCACGCAAUUGAACAAGUGUAACACCGCCCAAAAUAGCCUGUUCAACCUGCUGCUCCAGGGUGGAUCCUGUAGGGACUAUAACUGAGCUUGUAACCAAAUACAACGAAUAAUCAACAGUUGGCUUCAUAAUUUUUGAAACUGAUGCUUCUUACACACAGAUUAGUAUGAAAAGAACUGAAGCGAGUAGGAGCCCAUGCUGUCUAUUUAUUAAGGGGGUUUUCGGAUGCAUGCUAAGCCAAGAUUCGUAAAUUUGAACGAUCAACCACUUCCAGCCGAAAAAAAGAGAAAUUGAUGUAGGGAAUACAACAAGAACUAUGCUUUAGACGAUUCCAUGACAGAACUCCGUUGUUUAGUACGAAUUUGGGCGAGAACAAAACAAAAUGAAGCACUUAUUCUUUCGUUCGUCCAUCGUAGACAGUCAGUAUAAUUAGUAGGAAAAUUAAAUAGUAACUUAAGAGAUGAGUGAUUGCUCUUUGU